AUGCAUGGGGGCAUCCAACACGUCCCUGCAAGCGAAUUGCAUGCUAUUGUGAAACCUUGGCCAUUCAGAGGAUGGGCUUUAGAUGUAAUUGGAGAAAUAAAACCAGCUUCGUUGAAACAGCAGAGGUACAUUUUGGUCGGUAUCGAUUAUUUCACAAAGUGGGUUGAAGCUGUAGCUUUGAGAAACGUCGAUCAAGAAGCCGUGAUAGAUUUCAUACGAGAUCAUAUUAUAUGUCGAUUUGGGAUACCAGAGACUAUCACAACCGACCAAGGAACAAUAUUCACUGGGAAGAAAAUACAGGAGUUCGCCCAGGAGGUUGGCAUAAAAUUAUUGACGUCGACACCAUACUACGCACAGGCGAACGGUCAAGUCGAAGCUGCCAACAAGGUAAUAAUCAGCUUGAUAAAAAAGCAUGUAGGAAAAAAGCCAAAAACUUGGCAUCAAUCCUUAAGUCAAUCCCUGUGGGCAUGUCGAACAUCUCCCAAAGAGGCAACUGGCACUACACCAUUUAGGUUGACAUAUGGACACAAUGACGUGUUACCAGUCGAAGUAUACAUUCAAUCAGUGAGGAUACCAAGACAACAUGAGAUACUGUCUGAUCACUAUUGGAGUAUGAUGACAGAUGAUCUCGUCGAUUUAGAUAAAGAAAGAAUGUCGGCUCUAGAUUCGUUGAGAAGACAAAAAGAAAAAGUGGCCAGAGCUUACAACAAGAAAGUAUGA